AUGUCCGCCCACGGCUUCGAGCUGCCGACGACGCCAAUGGCGACGUUGUCGACGGCAGCUGCCGUUAGCAACUCGUCUGGCGACAUCAACGGUCACCACAGCCACGGCGGCAACUUCAACAACAACAAGGCGUCUGCGCCCGCGAAUGCUGCCACCGCAACUGCGACUGCCACCGCGACAUCGACCGCCACAGCAGCUGCCGCCGCGCUCCUCCCCGCACGACGGCCGCGGCACCAGAUCACCCGCUCCAUCACCGAGUUCUCGCCGCCCCUGAAGAUGCAUCGUCAUCGACACAGUCACCAUCACCACCAUCGAAGGGACAACAGCAAGCUGCUCUUCCCGGACGAGAGGUCGCCGGGGCUGUCGGUGACGGAUAGGAAUCUCGUGCUGGGACGGAGCUCGCUGGACAUGACGAGGUCGGAGUUUGCGACGCCCAGCAGGAGUCCGGAUUCGAGCAGGCGGACGAGCGCGCUCGUCGGGCCAAUGAUUGGCGGCGGGGAGAACCCUUUGGCUGUCUCGCCGCCCAGGGGAAAGGGAAAGAAGGGGAAUAAUGCGGCUACAUUGGUGGAGGAGAAGGAGAGGGCUGCGAGUCGGAUAACGGGCUUGAAGAAAUCACUUGUGGAUCUGAGCAGUUUCUCGACUUCGACGACACGGCGGCUCGACGAGACGUACUACUCCGUACUCGAGAAGAAGACGCUGCUACACAAUACCAUUUCGGCGAUCAAGGAGCUGGCGGUGGCCUCGCGGCGGCUGACGGGCGAGUUCGAGCGCGAGGCGGAGGAGAUGGCGAAGGAUGUCGACGGCCAGCUGGCCACGUUCGGACGGUUCAACGAGCAGGAGCAGAGAAUCGAGGCGUUGCAGGGCAGGAUUGAGAAGGGGCGCACGCGCAUCCAGGGUCUCGGGGAACGGGUUGACCUCGUCAGGAGGCGCAUCGAGGGGUGGGAGAGGGCGGAUCGGGAGUGGCAGGAGAAGACGCGCAAGAGGUUGAGGAUCGUCUGGAUCGUCAUGUCGGUUGUUUUUGCCGUUCUGAUACUGCUGUUCAUCGGCGUGCAGUAUGCGCACCAGGUCGGCGGCGUUGAUCUGAAGGAAGCUGCGGAGAAGAUUGUCGAGAAGGGGAUCAAUCAGAGCGCGGGCAGCUUGGGAGCUGGCGAGGGCGGGAGCAAGGAGGCUGCGGUGCCGCCGUUAUGGGGUGAUCGGCCGGGGAGGGAGCAAGAUGAUCAGUUGAGGGUGUUCGAUGAGUUGUGA